UUAAAACUCAAAGUAUCGUAUACUGUGUUGUUGUGGAAUGGUUGACCAAGAAAAAGGACACGUCGCUUCUCGCCAGAGGCACAGGAAACUCUAAAAUCAAAAUGUCAGUAACCAUGGAGACCUGUUUAAAAUUUGUGUUGGUCUGUUGUACAGCUUUGUCGCGAGCAGAUCCCACCUCUGUAGAGAGGUAUGCGGUCCAUCUAGAUGGCUAUGAAAAAAACUGCGUCGACACAACUUGCCACUACACCGGAAAAAUGAAAGGAGAAUUCUUGUUUACAGUUUUAAGCGAAUACGAGUGUCACUAUUACGAUAAUCGUCAAAUGAAAAUGCUCUUGGUCGAGUUCUGUCCGGAUAAUUGUUCCCGUAAUAGUUCCUGGGGUGUGUUUUGUUUUUUGAAAGCGGUCCCGUGCACGGCUGGGUGCUUAAAUAUCAGCAAAGAGUGCUCCUGUACGUCCGAGUCGCCGAGCGUGAUCCGUUUUACCCCUCGGGCCACCAGCCACAGCUACCGUAUCAAGCUGGAGAGCAUCCUGGACCUGGGCUAUAUCGCCCUCAGCAAUGUGGUCAGUGCCAGCCCACCUGAGGACUUCAAUGCAAACGAUGUCGAUUCUAUCGAUUCUAAGAUCGAUUUUUCAAGUAAUGGAAAUGUGCACAUACAAGCAGUCGCCGUCUGGAUCGCUCUCUGUGUUAUAUCCGUCAUGGUCCAGCAAGUCGUGUUUCCCGCCUUUUUAUAGCAGACUUCAACUGCCGGAAGUGAAUCGUCCAGCAUGUCAAAUAAAGGGUAUCAGCAGACAAUUUAUGUCAAUACUUCGUCCAAGUCAAGUCAAUUCGUCC